AUGGCAUCUGCUUCUGCACAGUGUCUCCCCAGUGAGAUCAUCUGCUCCAUCUGCCAGGACACGUUCACAGACCCUGCCACCAUUAGGUGCGGGCACCGAUUCUGCACUCCCUGCCUCUGUCUCUUAUGGGAAGAUGCCCCAGCAGUUACUUGCUGUCCUGUGUGCAAGGCGGUAUCUCCGAAAAUGGACCUCAAGAGCAUUAUUCUUGCUAAGAAACAUAUUCAUUCUACCGGAAACUCAGUUAUCUCCCAGUUACGUGGCUCUGCCAAGCAGAUGUGUAGGACACACCAGGUGAUAAAGCUCUACUUCUGUGAAGCCGACAAGAGCCUGUUGUGUCUGUUCUGCUCUUGCUCUGCGGGGCAUGCCACUCACGAACACUAUUCAAUAAUGCAGGUUGCAGAGCACUACAGGGAGCACCUUCUGAUGCAAAUGAAGUCUAUUUGGAAAAAGAAACAGGAAAAUCAACGAAACAUAAAAAAAGUGACCAACAUAUUCAGAGCAUGGGAGGGGUUUAUAAAUCUACGACUGGUGAUGAUACGAGCUGAAUACCCUAAAGUGUGUCAGUAUCUCCAGGAAGAAAAACAAAAACAUUUAGAGAUGUUGGCAAUUGAAGGCACAGUUAUUUUUCAGCGACUCAAUAGAAAUGUAGCCAGAAUGAUUCAUAUGGGGAAACUCCUGAGAAAAAUAUAUGAGGAACUGAAGGAAAUGUGCCUUAAAGCAGAUGUGGACAUGCUCCAGGGUGUGGAAGACACAAUGAAAAGGAGUCAGUUAAUGCAGCUGUACAUUCCCCAGCCUUUGGACCCACAGCUCAGUACAUGGACCAUCACUGGGAUGUUGGAAAGGCUUAACAGCUUCCGAGUGUAUAUUACGUUGGAUGGUAAAAUAAGAAACUGUCACGUGCCUCUGAUUGAAGCCCUGAGAUGUCUACAGUGCAGUCCUGUCCAUCGAGACGUGCCUUGGGACCCAGCACAUCCAGAGAACACUCCUACAUGGGGUGCUCAGACCUUCACCGCUGGCAAACACUACUGGGAGGUGAAUGUGGGCAACUCCUGUGAUUGGGCUAUAGGACUCUGCAAGGAGUCCUGGACAAGCAGGACUGAUAUGCUGCUGAACUCCGAGGACAUUUUUCUACUUCUAUGUGUCAGUAACGAUGGCCACUUCAGUCUCUUUUCUACCUUCCCAUUCUUACCCCACUAUAUUCAAAGACCCCAGGGCUACAUAGGGGUGUUUCUAGAUUAUGAAUGUGGUAUGAUAAGCUUUAUUAAUGUUGCCAGAGGUUCCCUCAUUUGUAAUUUCCUCUCACGAUCUUUCUCUUUCCCUCUCAGACCUUUCAUUUGGUGUGGACCCAAAUGA